AUGUCCAACACAUCGGUUCCUACAUUAGGGUAUUAUAAAGUCAGGGGUUUGGCUCAACCCAUACGACUGUUGCUGAAGUAUAAGGGCGUGAAUUUCACCGACAAAUACUACGGCACGAGUGAUGCCAAAAAUUUGGACGAGUUUAGAGCUGAAUGGGUUAAAGUAAAAUUCAACCUGGGCCUUGACUUUCCCAACGUACCUCAUUACAUCGAUGGAUCAUUAAAAGUGACCCAAAGCACAGCCAUUAUGCGACACUUGGCCCGAAAGCACGGACUGGUGGCCACCGACGAGACCGGACUCGUACGCCAGGAUGUGGUGGAGCAACAGUUGGCGGACAUUAAGAAUGGUUUUAUAAUGGGUUUAUUGUUUGCCAAAGACUUUGAGACCGAAAAAGUCAAAUUCAUUGCCGAAACACUGCCCCAACAAUUGGACGCAUUGUCCCGGUUUUUGGGUACCCGUCAGUGGUUUACCGGUAAUGAAGUUAAUUACGUAGACUUCAUGGCAUAUGAGCUCUUGGACUGGUUCCGCCUCUUCAGCCCCGAGACUGUCAAUAAGUACCAGAAUUUGGUUCAAUUGUUGACCCGUUUUGAGAGUUUACCGGCGAUUAAGGCAUACAUGAAAUCACCGGAGUUUAUAAGUUGGCCAUUGUUUGGGCCAAUCGCUCCGUGGGGUUACAAAAGGUAA